CUCCCUUUCCCCUUAUACUAGUUUAUAAUGCCGUGCAACUUCAGGAUACGUAUCCGUUGAACAAGCAUGCCUUCAGAUAUAACCUUUUCUCCCACCAUUUUAUCCUUGGUAUAUGCACUUAUCGCGACUCAUACAUCUAUAGUACCUUCCAACUUGCUGUUAAUAGUAAAGCUCCUAGCCUACUAUUCUAUCCCACGAGCAGAUCAACAACCCCCAAUCUCAUCCUCUCUGUACCUGAAAGGCUUUAUCCUUGUCUGCCUCUACUAAUCCUGUAACAAGAUAAUGAUGCUGGUAAU